GAUAAGCUACAGUCACAUGACUUAAAAAAAAUAUGCUAACCCGCAUCUUUCCAAGGCAACGGAAAGCUAUUUUAUAACAUUAUACAGCAUAUUUAUUUAACAGUUAAUAGCUUUUUUUAAAUCUCUGUCUUUUUUUAAAUCUCUGUCGUCGCUGACAAAUGUGAGGAAAACUAACUUAAAUUGCGCUGAAUCGUAAAGAAUGAGUUAGCCUAGGCUAGCAUUGGUGGUGAGCAUGGCCAACUGGAGCGAAAUAAGAAACUUUUAAUGCCUGCACGUUUAUUUGUGACAUUUUGAAGAAGGACUAGUUAUAUUCAUCUAAAAGUGACUUUGUAGUACUCGUGUCGUCUACGUUAAGAGAAAAAAACACACGAAGAAACAUGCCUCAGACCGCGGCUUUCAUCGGUGGAAUUCAGAAGAUGGUUCUGUAUGAAACCAGAGCAAGGUAUUUUUUAGUUGGGAGCAAUCAGGCAGAGACCAAGCACCGAGUCCUGAAGAUUGACCGGACUGAACCCAAGGACCUGGUGAUAAUCGACGACAAGCACGUGUAUAACCAACAAGAAGUGCGAGAGUUGUUGAGCCGUUUGGACCUGGGCAACCGCACCAAGAUGGGCCAAAAAGGAUCUUCUGGUCUGUCCAAAUCUGUCAUGGCUUUUGGCAUUGUGGGGUUUGUGCGCUUUCUUGAGGGGUAUUACAUCGUUCUUAUCACCAAGCGCAGAGUAAUGGCGGACAUUGGCGGACACUAUAUCUACAAAAUUGAAGACACAACCAUGAUCUACAUCCCAAAUGACUCUGUCAGAGUUACACACCCAGAUGAAGCGAGAUAUGUGCGGAUUUUCCAGAAUGUGGACCUUUCCAGUAACUUCUAUUUCAGCUACAGCUAUGACCUGAGCCACUCGCUGCAGUGCAAUCUGACAUUGCUGCAGAGACCUUAUGAGCAGUGGCUGUCGGAGGCUUCCUCUGCUGAGGACAAGGUUCACACACAAAGCAAGCAGGACAGCUUUGACAUCUUUGAGGAGGAGGGUUUGCCUACACAAGUGGUUUACGGCCUCCGGAACCAGCCGUACUACAAAUACGUGUGGAACGGGAAGCUGCUGGAGCGAGUCAAGGACACGGUGCAUCCGGACUGGCUCAUGUAUAUAAUCCACGGCUUCUGUGGCCAGUCCAAGCUGCUGAUUUACGGCCGGCCGGUUCAUAUUACCCUCAUUGCCAGGCGCUCCAGUAGAUUUGCUGGGACCCGCUUCCUGAAAAGAGGUGCCAACUGCGAGGGCGAUGUAGCCAAUGAGGUGGAGACAGAACAGAUCGUCCACGAUGCUUCAGUCACGUCUUUCACAGCAGGAAGCUACUCCUCGUACGUCCAGGUCCGAGGUUCUGUUCCUCUUUACUGGUCUCAGGACAUCUCCACCAUGAUGCCCAAACCUCCAAUAAGAUUGGACCAAGCAGACCCAUACGCCCAUGUAGCCGGCUUACAUUUUGACCAGAUGCUGCAGCGGUUCGGAUCUCCCAUCAUCAUCCUGAACCUGGUCAAGAAACGGGAAAAAAGAAAACAUGAGAAGAUUCUGAGUGAAGACCUCUACCCAGCUGUGGUCAACCUCAAUCAGUUCCUCCCUCCAGAGCAUUGCAUUGAGUACAUAGCGUGGGACAUGGCCCGCUACACCAAAAGCAAGUUAUGUAAUGUCCUGGACCGCCUGAAUAUGAUCGCUGAGAAUGUUGUCAAGAGAACAGGCUUCUUCAUAAAUCGCUCCGACUUCUACUGCCAUACCCUCCGACCUGAUGAUAGGUGGAGAGAUGUUGGUGGAUAUAUGACAUCCAGUGGAAGACUGCAAACUGGUGUAUUGAGGACAAACUGUGUUGAUUGUUUGGACCGGACCAACACAGCCCAGUUCAUGGUGGGAAAGUGUGCACUGGCUUAUCAACUCUACGCGCUGGGAAUGAUCGACAAGCCCAAGCUGCAGUUUGAUACUGACUGUGUGAGGUUGUUUGAGGAGCUGUAUGAGGACCAUGGAGACACUUUAUCUUUACAGUAUGGCGGCUCUCAGCUGGUUCACAGGGUAAAGACGUACCGGAAGAUCGCUCCCUGGACGCAGCACUCCAAAGACAUCAUGCAGACGCUGUCACGAUACUACAGCAAUGCUUUUUCAGAUGCAGACCGACAAGAUGCCAUCAACUUGUUUCUUCAAGUUUACCAACCAUCAGAGGGGAAAGCUCACCUGUGGGAGCUGCCCACAGACUUCUACUUGCAUCAGAAAAGCACUCUAAUCCUCCCCCAUGACAGACGCAGCUACACGAUGUGGUGGACACAAGGAAUCCUGUCCUACCUUCCAGUUCCCUAUGAUGAAGCUGCCUGUGAGGACACAAUGAAGAAGGUCAAAGUGAAGAGAGUGAACCGUUUCGAUGAAAGCAUCGACAUCUACACCGAGUUUUACAAACCCUACGAGCUCACGCUGUUUGAUGACACAUUUUCCAUCAUCAUGUCCAAUGCUGCAAGGGAACUUAUGCCAAAAUAUGUGGGAGUGGAUCCAAGCCCAUUCACAGUUCGCAAACCUGAGGAAACGGGGAAAUCAGUGCUGGGCAGCAAGAGCAACAAGGAGGAAGCCGUGCUCCAAAGGAAGACUGCAGCGAGCGCCCCGCCUCCCCCAAGCGAAGAGGCCAUAUCGACCACAUCGGAGGAUGACUCUGAAGAAGACCGGGAUGAUGAAGGGUCGGUGUCCCAGCGUUCCACCCCCAUUAAACUGCUAAUAGAGUCUGGGGAAAGCAGCCGCACACAGGAGGAGAUCCAGCCACAGCAAACUGUGAAGGAGCCUUAUGGACUCAAUCUAUCUGAACUUCCAGCUGAGAAAGAUGUGCUCAUUUAUAAAAGGUUUGCACAUCUGGGGGAGAACCAGCACAUGGUGGAAAGGAGUGAACGCAUCAACCUGGCAAAAAUCAUUUACUUAGAGCCGGUGUCCCAAUUCCCAGAAGACAGCAUCUAUGGCGUUUGUCCUCCACAGGUGGACAGAGACAGUCGUGAGGUGUUUGAGAGUCAUGUGAUGACUGGGCGGGGCCAUGUGAGGGUGCUGUGCAGAGAGGACAUGCUAAUGUAUAGGGAGUAUGUCAAGAAUAGAUACAUGUAGGUUCUGUGACAUAAGAACUGAAAGGAACGUUUUUUUCUAAGUGGAUAUUUUUCUUUCUUAUACUCUGAAUGUAAUAAGUAUUCCAACUUAACCGUCAAACUAUGUUUACAUUUGUUCUGUUUUUUCAGAUUGGUUCAGUAUUGGUUCUAGCUUGUGUGCAGUCUUCUGCUUUGCCCAUUUUUUUGCUCAUGAUGGGCUGACCAAAAAGCAUAUAUAAAUAAAGAACUGCCUUUUUGGGUUAUUCUGUGCUUCUUGUUUAAAAUCUCGGCAUGGAGUGAACCUUCUCCCCCUUCCCAUCAUCCAUCUGUUUACACCUUCUUCUGCUAGCUUACAGCCCAUUAUAACCCCAACCUAACAGUACAGGCGCAACAAAAAUGGCGAAGGACUUUGCAGCUAAGCAGCCGUACGGUUUAGAGCCAGAUGUCAGCUCAGAUGAGGAAAACAAAGACGUACAUGGAUCUAGUCAUCUACAAGUGGAUGCAUUAGGGUGGAGUAAUAGCUUCUACAUCACAGCUACAAGCAAUUUCAAACUGCAUUUUCUCGUCUGCUCCUAAAUCACAAUCAUCCGUAUAAAGAAAUACAUUUUUUUUCUGGAAUUAAUUGUUAUAAGUUUGCAAGUUUGAGCUUAAUUUUCCUUUUAUAUCUUCACCAUAAUCAAAAAAAUGCCACAAGAAAAACACCAAAAGCACGGUUAUAAUCGAAGAGGGUCUUUAAAUUAUUUUCUCACUGUAUUUACUGAAAAAUUCAUUUUUUGUCAUGAAAUAAUUGUGAUUUAUAUUUGUUAUUUUGCUGGACUAUAUCCCUAAACUAACUUUUUACAGCAUUAAAAGCAUUGUGUUAUGUGUAGUA